UAAAAAAAACGUCCACGGUCUCCUCGCCAUAUUGCAGCGGCGUUAGCUCAUCAUCCGCCUCAUCCAGCGGAUUUAAAAGCGUUCAGCGGCUUAGAGACGCCGUGGAUGUGAACCUGGCGGAGCUGGACGGACUCUGAGUGGACGGUGGUGUGGAGUUCUGAGAGGUGCAGUGGAGACUGGCUCUCUCUGAUGAAGAGCCUGGAGGUGGUGGUGUCUCUCUGAGCACCUCUCUGAUCCGAGAACGCCCGGCUGCGUGGUGUGUGUGUAGUUUGUGUGCAGUAUGUCGGUCUCCAGCACCCCCACCAGUAACGAUGCCUGUCUGAGCAUCGUCCACAGCCUGAUGUGCCACCGGCAGGGCGGGGAGAGCGAGUCCUUCUCCAAGCGGGCGAUUGAGAGCCUGGUGAAGAAGCUGAAGGAGAAGAAGGAUGAGCUGGACUCGCUCAUCACCGCGGUAACCACCAAUGGAGCGCACCCCAGCAAGUGUGUGACCAUCCAACGCACACUCGACGGACGCCUGCAGGUUGCGGGUCGUAAAGGGUUUCCUCAUGUGAUCUAUGCUCGUCUGUGGCGCUGGCCUGACCUGCACAAGAACGAGCUGAAGCAUGUUAAAUACUGCCAAUAUGCCUUUGAUCUGAAGUGUGACAGCGUGUGUGUGAACCCGUACCACUACGAGAGGGUGGCGUCUCCGGGUAUCGAUCUGUCUGGACUAACUCUGGGUGCAGGUCCCAGUGCGGGGCUCCUGGUGAAGGAGGAGUUCGAAGGUCAGCCGUCUCACUCCAGCUCUGAAGGUUCUCACAGUAUUCAGACCAUUCAGCACCAGCCCGCCCCUUCGCAGCCGGCUCCGCCCACCACCACACGCCCCGCCCUUCCGGACACUUUCAGCAGCCCCACUCUCCUGCCCCCGCCUGAUGCUGCAAGCUCCGCCUCCAGUUCCGCCUUCCCCACCAUGGCUGCCGGACCAGCCACAGCGACUGGUCCCUGGCCCAGAGCAAGUGGGUUCACGCACAGCCUGCAGCACCAGAACGGCCAUUUACAGCACCAUCCGCCGCAGUACUGGCCUGUGCACAAUGAGCUGGUCUUUCAGCCCCCCAUAUCUACCCACCCAGCCCCAGAUUACUGGUGCUCAAUAGCGUAUUUUGAGAUGGACGUGCAGGUAGGCGAGACCUUUAAGGUGCCGUCCUCGUGUCCUGUGGUGACAGUGGAUGGUUAUGUGGAUCCGUCCGGAGGAGACCGGUUCUGCCUGGGUCAGCUGAGCAACGUGCACCGCACCGAGGCCAUUGAGAGAGCCAGGCUGCAUAUUGGUAAAGGAGUGCAGCUGGAGUGUAAGGGUGAAGGCGAUGUUUGGGUGCGAUGCCUUAGUGACCAUGCGGUGUUUGUACAGAGUUACUAUCUGGACCGGGAAGCUGGUCGAGCUCCGGGCGAUGCUGUGCACAAAAUCUACCCCAGCGCCUACAUCAAGGUGUUUGACCUGAGGCAGUGCCACCGGCAGAUGCAGCAGCAGGCAGCUACAGCUCAGGCGGCAGCAGCAGCUCAGGCUGCAGCAGUGGCAGGAAACAUCCCAGGACCCGGUUCAGUGGGAGGCAUCGCACCAGCCAUCAGUCUGUCGGCUGCAGCAGGUAUAGGUGUGGAUGACCUGCGGCGACUCUGUAUUCUGCGUAUGAGCUUUGUGAAGGGCUGGGGUCCUGACUAUCCUCGUCAAAGCAUCAAAGAAACUCCAUGCUGGAUUGAGAUCCACCUGCACCGAGCCCUUCAGCUGUUGGAUGAAGUUCUACACACCAUGCCCAUAGCUGACCCCCAGCCACUAGACUGACCUCCUAAAGCCGAAACCCAGCCACUAGACUGACCUGCACCAUGCCCAUAGCUGAACCCCAACCACUAGACUGAUCUGUCUAUAGCUGACCCACAGUUGCUAGCCUGAUCUGCCCAACACUGACUCACAGCAGCUAGAAAGACCUACACAUAGUAGACUCCUGAGUGACCCUUAACUGACCUACAGCAUGCCUAUAGCUGGCCUCCACCAUGACUGACCCUAACUGACUAACACUCCUGCACUCAACUCCAGCAUCUUAUGAAAUGAGGUCCACUUUUAUUUGUUUUCUAGGCCCUUUAUAAUUCAGGCUAGUGGGUCAGUAUUUCACACAAAAAUGGUUCUAAAAGGAAUUUCAGCGAGAAAUAUCUUAGCACUGAAUCUCUAAAACAGUCGUUCAAGACGUUGUGCCAAAUUGUAACGUUCGACUUAGCAUCUUAGCUUUGGUGAGCAGGUGUAAGCCUUAAGUACGAGAUAUGUGGUGAAUAGCCUACGCUAAUUAGCGUUUGUCUUGCGCAGUGUAACCAUGUGAUGUGUGAGGUAAAGGGCCCAGGAGUGCAAACAAGUGGAGUUUCCAUUUAACCUCAUGCUAAAACCCCACUACUGCACACACACCCACCUGACCCCCCGACCGAAUGAACAUUCACUCAUCACUGUGAUCUAGGGUGCAGCCCAUCAGUACAGAAACAAAAACCUCGUCCACGCUUAAGAGUCACACAGGAGGACUCGACGGACACUCAAGCGGGAUUAGUGUUUGUUGACCCAGAGAGAAACAGUAUUCAUUAAUGAGCUCUGAAUUGAAGUGAAAUUGUUGUGAAUGGAGCUCAAAGACUUCUAUAGACUUGAACAGGACUCUGAACACUAACAGCCACCUGGAACACUAGCCGGACAUCUUGAAGCCUGCAGGGGGCGCACAGGAGCUGCUUUGAAGUUCGUCAGGCAGGUAUAGACAAUGAAUUAAGGAUUAGGAGUUUGUGUUUUUAGACAUCAGAUUAUGUAUUUUCUAAAGUAGAUCAUGAGUUUAUAUCCAGCAGAUGGAUAGUUAACCAACCACAUGUGAUGUAACGGUUCUGCUCCGUACAUUGCCCCGCUCUUCUUCUUUGAUGGACAGAAUCUUCCCCAAAACUCAGAUUGUAUCUGGCCCAGACGAGGCUCGGGCUGCUUCAGAUUUUCAACAUAUUUUUUUGUUAAAAGUAUCACAGUAUGCAUUACUGUUGCAUUUAUAGGGAGGUUUGCAGUAGCUAAACAUGUUAGAGACAACACUGUACCGUGUUGGAAAUAAAUGUGUUCAAGUGUAAAUAAACGUGUUGGAAAUGCU